UCAAAUUGUUAGAAUUAGUUUCAGAAAUUUCAAGUUUCGCAGGGAAACACAAACACAGCACAGAUCAUGGCAAACAUUGGACACUUUGUAGACAGGAAUGCGGAUGUGCGUGCAGCAGGACUCGCCUCGUUUAGGGCUCCAGAACACAUCCAAGAUUGCUUUACCUUCCGCCACCCAGAGGAGCAGGCCGAAGCGCUUAUACGCGCUGAAUGCCAGCGACUGCUGGUCAAACCCAGUGGCCCACGUACCCCAAUUAUACCCAGCACUAGCGUGGGAGAUCUGCUCAGCACGGAGCUCCAGAAGUCACGCUUCAUGGCCUUCAAGGAAAAGUUCUCCGAGGACAUGUACUUCAAGAAAGCAAAACUCGGGAAGAUUGCGCCCGCGCACUCCAAGCCGGACACUGUGACGAAUGAGAGUCGCAGCUUUGGGCGGCCAUCCAGCAAGCCAGAGCCGCUGUACGAGAUUAUAAUGCCAGCAAAGCCAGCGGAGCAGGUGAAUCGAGAGUUUGGGGAAUUCCACGAGCAGCGCAUCAUCAGCCACAAUCAUUACUGGCCCUCGGAGAAGAUCAAUCGGAAAUACGAAAAACACUUCGAUCCGCAGCACACCUUUGGCCAAAGGACCACCUUCGAUGGCAUUGGUUUGAUGGUGCAACGCUGCCUGAAGCCAAACCAAGGCGACGAUCAUCAUGUGGUGAUUGUGCGCAAGCCACAAAUGGACUUUAUAGAUCGCACCUACGGCCCAUUGGGUUUGAAGUACAAAAGUAAAUACCCCUACGACGUGCCCGAUAUGAUGCAUGGCCUGCGGCGACAAACGCCCAAAUGUGAUGUCAAAAUGUUGCUGGAGAACACCGCGCCCCACACGAACAACGAUAAGUUGGUGAAUGCCUUCAGCCACCUCAACACCUUGCGGCAGGCGCUGCAGCGGCGGCCCAACUUUCACAUGUUCGAUUUGCUCUCAUUGCUGGAGAAGACGGACAAGGAGCGCACGGGCUAUCUGCCGCUGGAGCGGAUCAUUGACAUUAUGCACAAGCUGCACAUACGCGUGGACUCGCAGCAGCUACGCACCGCCUUGGGGCACUUUCAACUGCUGCGCGACGAGGGCUGUGCCACGGAGCGGGUUGGCUAUGAGGAAUUUUGUCGCCUCAUCUCCAUCCAGGUGCCAUUGCCAGCCACGGGCAAUGUUUCAAAGUUGCCCGAGAAUAGCUACAAUCAGGAGACGACCUAUCGCCUGCUCUGUGCGGAUCUCAAGAAGACGCCCAACACGGAUCGCAUCGCACGCAAACACAACCUGACGCCCGAGCAGCAGGACGCCGUGAAUACUCAUGUCCAGGAGCUAAUAUAUCCCGAUUUUUCCAUGAAGUCGGGCCUGGGGCCCAGCGAUUUUAAGCGCCUGCGAAGCAAGGAGCAGCUGGAGACGAUAUUCAAGGAUAUUGUGUCCAAGGAGGAGUUUGAAUGCAUUUGGGCGCAGCUGUUGGUCGAUUAUGCGGAGCAGCAGGAGAUGUUUUCGGUUGUGCAGUUUAAGGCGCGCAUUGUGAUAGAUGAGGAAUUAGAUUAGUUUA